AUCGCAUUACCUGACGGCGGGCGCUGGGCGGUUGUGUGGUCAAUGAUCCGCUGCCCCUCCUCUCCUCUCCCCGCCCGGCGCGAGCGCUGUAACGGCCGCCGGGUCUCGCGCCGCCCGCCCGCCCGCGUGCACAGCCGCCGACAUGGCGCACGGACAGGACGCGGCCACCGGCCCGCUGCAGAUGCAGAAGGAAUUAAUGAAUAACCGUUGCGUUGCUGAAAAUAAAAAGGUUCUUGAAGAAAUUAUUAAAUGCUUAGAAAUAAUGUCAGAAGAUAUGGACAAAAUAUAUGUGCAGACACAGCUCCUGCUGUGUGACUUGAUUAUAUGCUGUAGUUCUCCUGAAAAGAUGGAAGUAAUCAAGCGUGGAGAAGAAAGUUAUAAGCAUUAUCGGGAAAUAUCAGAUGAGAAAGAGUAGUUAAAAAAAUGUUAUUGCUUGCCGUGGUGUUGAAAACUGUAAGAAAAUGUAUUUAAAUUCUGUGUUCUUUCUGCUUCAUUGUUCUAUUCAGGUGGUAUUUCAGAAUAAAAGUGAGGUCAAAUUUAUGUGUUUUGUAGUUGUCCUGCACGUGGGCUAUUUUUGAAAAUAAGUAUUCAAUAGUAAAACAAAAAUUACUGGAAAUGGUGAUCACCAGAGAGAAGCAUUAAGGUGUUAUCUGUGUUAAAUGUUGAGAGUUGUGAUUUCAACGUGCCAAAGGUGCAGACAAACAUAACAUUUGUUGUUCCCGUGAAGGUCAGAAACUCAACCAUUUACUUAUUCACAGCUCUCCUCAUGGAAGCACAGGUCCAUUCAACUUGAAGCAUGAGCAAACUGAAAGGGGGAGCCAUAGCUGCGGUUUGUAGUUACCAAAGAUAGCAUUAAGACCAGAGCUUUUGUAAGUGGGCAGCAUGGUGGUGCAGUGAUAGAAUUGCUGCCUUAUAACGCUUGCAGCGCCGGAGACCAGGGUCCGAUCCUGACUAUGGGUGCUGUCUAUAGAGUUUUUCUCUGAGAUCUUCGAUUUCCUCCCACACUCCAAAGACAUAUAGGUUUAACAUUAAUUGGCUUGGUAUAAGUUUAAAUUGCCCAGAGUGUGUGUAGGAUAGUGUUCAUCUUCUUCUUCUUCUUGCAUAUGGCGUGCACAGCCUAAAGUUGUGGAACAACUUGUUCUAUUUGAUCUUAUUUGAUUGUGCACGCCGGGUUAAUUACAUUUGUCGAAACAGGGCAGACCACGUGAAGGUUGCAAUCUCCCACCCGAGGAUAGUGUUAAUGUGCACUGAUCGCUGGUUGGUGCCGAAGGGCCUGUUUCCGCGCUAAACUAAAUACAUGAGAAGUAAUUCAACUUUUUAGGGAGUUUAGGACAAUAUAAGUAAGUUAUAUUUAAUGAACAUAACAGGUCUGGUUUCAAAUCUAUUACUCGGCAUAGUUGUACACUACAUAACACUUCAAAGGUUUCAAAGGUCUUUUAUUGUCACAUGUAACUAUUAAAGUACAGUGAUAUGCGAAUGACCAUUACAUCCAUACGAAAAAAAGCACUAAGACACACAACUACAUAAAACUUAACAUAAACAUCCACCAGAGCGUAUUCCCCACAUUCCUCACUGUGAUGGAAGACAAAGAAAGUCCAAUCUUCUUCCUCUUUAUCUUUAUUCUCCCGCGGUCGGGGCAGUCGAACCAUCCGUCGGGGCGAUCGAAGCUCCCACAGCCGGUGGUCGAAGCCCCCGCGUCAGGACGAUCAUAGCUCCCUCGUCGGGGCUAUUGAAACCUCCGCGUCGGGGCGGUUGAAGCUCCUGCAGCUUGGAGUUCCCGAUGUUGGUCACUAACCAGCGAGCGUGAGCUCCAUAAUGUUAAGUCUGCAAGCACCCACAGUUGGAGCUUCGAGGAUGAUCCCAGGCAAAGGGAUCGCGAGCUCCGCGAUGGUAAGUCUGCAGGCACCCACGGUAGAGCUCUCAAAAUCAGUCUCCAGCAAAGGCCGCUAACUCCUCGAUGUUAGGCCGCAGUGCGGAUGGAGAUAUGAUAUGGAAAAAAAUUGCAUCUCCGUCGAGGUAAGGGAUUAGA